CCCGUCAUUUCCGUAGCCGGUGGAUCGAUCCGAAGUUGUCUCUCUUAAAGUUCCUGUAUUGGCAGAAAAAGGAAAAGAAAGAAACAGAGAACAAGCACAGGAACGAAGAUCGCUCGUUCUGUCCUUCGAGUAAAUUAAGGAAAUCUGAGCUUCAAAUUCCAAUUUCCAAUUUUAGUGGAAGAUCUGGGAAAUGGAAAACAGAUCUGAAUCCCUUGCUCACGAAGAAAAAAAGGUCAAGAAGGAAGAAAUGCAUUUGAAAAUCAAGACUGAAGAUGUAAAAUCAGAUGACGAAAAGGAAGAAAAAACUAAAGUGGAGAUGGAGGUGAAGACCAAAACAGUCGAGAAGGAAAAGCCAAAACAUAAAGAGGAGAAGGCAGAACACAAAGAGAAGGAUGAAGGUAGCUCAAAGAAAAAAGAUAAAGAGAAAAAGGACAAAGAGCUGAAGGAGAAGGUGAAGGACAAAGAGAAGAAGAAGAAGGAGGAAGGAGAUGAAGCGCAUAAGAAGAAAGACAAGGAUGAGGAUAAAAAGAAGAAAAAGGAAAAAGAUAGUGAGGAUGCUGUUGGGGAAGCAGUGGGAGAGGAUAACAAAACUGGAGAGAUUGAGAAGAAGGGAGGGAAAAGCAAAGAGAACAAAGAUAAGAAAGAUAAGGAAAAAGGGCAUAAGAAGAGCAAAGAUGAUGAGGAAUUUGGGGAUAAAUAUCAUAAUGAAAAGGGAGAGGAGGAAACUAAGAAGAAGAAAGGUAAGAAGGAAAAGGAGGAGGAGAGGACCAAAGAAUCGGAAGAGGAGAAAGAAGAGACAGUGGAAGGGGCUUCAGAGAAGGAGAAACAGAAGGAAAUCAAGCUUGAAGAGGAGAAGAAGAAGAAACAUUCAGAUGGAGAGUCUAAGGAGAAGGAAGAGGUGAAGAAGAAAGAUAAAAAGGAGAAGAAAGAUGAAAAGAAGGUCAAAGACAAGGAGGAGAAGAUAAAGGAUAAAAACAAAGAGGGAGCAGACAAAGUGAAAGACAGGGGAAUAGAAGAUGAGGAUGAAGAGAGAAAAAGAAGAAGAAGUAGACAAGGAGAAGAAGAGAAAAGAAAAGGAUGAAGCUGAUAAGAAGAAGUUGAUGAAGAUGAGUGAAAGAUGAC